GUGCUGCGGCGAGCUCCGUCCAAAAGAAAAUGGGGUUUGGUGUAAAUCUGGGGGUGUAAUGUUAUCAUAUAUCACGCUACCUCGUAAAACCGACACUGAAAGCUGCCGGACAACAAAUCACAGGUCAAAAUUAUGAGUUCUUCGUAUUAUGUGAACGCGCUUUUUAGCAAAUAUACGGCGGGGGCUUCUCUGUUCCAAAAUGCCGAGCCGACUUCUUGCUCCUUUGCGCCCAACUCGCAGAGAAGCGGCUAUGGGGCGGGGGCCGGCGCCUUCGCCUCGACCGUACCGGGCUUAUACAAUGUCAACAGCCCCCUUUACCAGAGCCCCUUUGCCUCGGGCUACGGCCUGGGCGCCGAUGCCUACGGCAACCUGCCCUGCGCCUCCUACGACCAAAACAUCCCCGGGCUCUGCAGUGACCUGGCCAAAGGCGCCUGCGACAAGGCGGACGAGGGCGCUCUGCACGGCCCGGCCGAGGCCAGUUUCCGCAUCUACCCCUGGAUGCGGUCUUCAGGACCCGACAGGAAGCGAGGCCGCCAGACCUACACGCGCUAUCAGACCCUGGAGCUGGAGAAGGAGUUCCACUUCAACCGCUACCUGACGCGGCGCCGCCGCAUCGAGAUCGCCCACGCGCUCUGCCUCACCGAGCGCCAGAUCAAGAUCUGGUUCCAGAACCGCCGCAUGAAGUGGAAGAAAGAGCAUAAGGACGAGAGUCCGGCCGCCGCCUCAGCCCCCGAGGGCGCCGUGCCUGUCGCUGCAGCCGCUGCCGUCGCCGCCAAGGCCGACGAGGAGGAUGAAGACGAAGAGGAGGAGGAGGAGGAAGAGGAAUGAGGGGCCGAGCCGGAGCCCUGGCUGUACCGGACAGUCACAAAAGCUUCUUUAAGAGACUCACUGGUUUUAUUUACAAAAAUUGGGGGAAAUAAAAAUAAAAUGUAAAAAAAAAAAAAAAAAAAACAGUUCUCAACCCGCACCCCACCCACCCCAUCACCCACUCCACCACCCACUCCAGCUCCCAACUUUUCUGGACUGAGUGGCCUCUGAGACUGGGUCGCCUUGGGGAUCCCCUUUGCCUCCGAGGACACCAACAGACACCCCAACCCCCAGCCAGCCGGCCUCCGCGCUGGCGCAGCCAAAAUACUACCUAGCACAGGCCUCGGUGGGAGGCACCCCAAACUACCUAUGGGCCCAGCCCCAGCGGGCCUCCAUUCCCAGGAAGCCUGGACUUAUCCCAACACUGGCAGACACCCAGCACCACUUGCCAUACCCACAAGAACAUGACUCUCAGUACUACCUAUUUGCCCCAAACUACCUAUUUUGUGCUGGCUGGCUUGCCUGCUACCUACUGCCCACCCCUCCCCAGUCAGGCCCCUGCUGCUUCUGCUUGCAGCCUUUGGGGUCCCUGAGGCUUUGCUGAGAAGACGCUGGGGUCCUGGGACCAGGGCACUGGCUUCUAUUUAAAUUGAAAAAUAAUAUAUUUAUUCCAAAGCAUUGUAAGUGCUGCAACCUAGAAUCCCUCCUUCUCUGGCUUGGGCACCCCCAGUUCAGGCACAUCACCCCUCACUCCUGGAGGGGAGCAUUCCUGAGCUGGCUGCAAACCUCUGGGUUAGCUUCUGCUUAGUGGGACUGUGGAGAUGCUCUCAGCCUUGCUGUCCUCUCCCCUGGCCUCUGUAUCCUAUUGUUCAGCCAUGUCAAAUAUGUACACCCUGACUUUUCCUACAAUAGAAAAUACUGUAUAUUUGAACAAGAUUUUUUUUUUUUUUCAUAUCUGUAGUCUUGGAGCUCAUUUGUAGCGCAAUGUCUUGACUCGGGAAGGAUGUGUUAAUGGAGUGACUUUGUAGCAUGGUGUGUUGUCUAACUCUGUAGUGGGUGGGGAGGUCCAGUGCCCUCCCCAAUGCUCUUCAUCACCUUGUGUUGUCCUGUGUCCCCCUCAGUUCCAGCCUGGGGUUCAGGGAAAGCACAUUUCCCAGCCCAGUUAACCGUGUUUUAUGUAACAGAAAAAUAAAGAUGGUUGGUGACAAAAAAAA